UUGUGCGUGUGCUAGGAUGGCAUUACCUUGUCAUUAGCGUCACACAACAAAACAUCUCCGCAUGCCCUGGAGAUUCUGUGAGAGCUACCGAGGCUAACAGAAGUGGCGCUUUUGGCUGUUCUUGCUACCGUUAGCGAUGAGUUCAUUCUAAAUAAGAAAGGAGCUGGAAUAAAUCAAGCGACUUGGAUGUCUCAGAAAGGUAGCUUUCAGAAGCGGCUAAGAUUGAGAAACAGCGAGUGAUUGCAUUGACACAGCUUAUUAAAGGGAAGGCUUUUACACAGCUGCAGUCUGAUAAAGAUGGAUACCCAAAAAACAUCUGAGGACAUACAGCAACUUCUUUUACCUAUUUAUGGUGGCCGGGCGGCAACACCCAGCUGGACAGCAAACGUCAUUCGGCAGAGAGACCCAGAGAUGGAACAGUGGGAAGAAUCACCCUACGGAUCUGGACCUGAAGGACAGGCAGGCAGAUGGACGUUGCCUUUGAGUUCUACAGCCAUGGAGUGUCUACCCACAGCUCACAUGGAUGAGGCCGGUAAUAAGUGUGUCAAAGUCCCCCAAGUUGCCGGGGUCAAAGUUCAACUGGAGAUGAGUGCACUGUGGAGGCAGUUUGACCAGCUGGGUAUGGAAAUGAUCAUCACUAAGGCAGGAAGGCGGAUGUUUCCCACAUUUCAAGUCCAGAUUUCUGGAAUGGACCCAGCAGCAGAGUACGUUCUCCUGAUGGACUUCAUCCCUGUAGAUAACAAGAGAUACAGGUAUGCAUUUCACAGCUCGUCCUGGCUGGUGGCAGGACAGGCAGACCCUGUGAUGCCGGGCAGAGUGCACUUUCACCCUGACUCCCCUGCCAAGGGCGCCCAGUGGAUGAAGCAGACCGUGUCCUUCGACCAGCUGAAGCUCACCAACAACCUGCUGGAUGACAACGGACACAUAAUGUUAAACUCCAUGCACCGGUACCAGCCCCGGUUUCACGUGGUGUUUGUGGACCCACAUCACAACUACCAGCAACAUCCCCACCGGAACUUCCUGACCUUCUCCUUCAGUGAGACUCGCUUCACUGCUGUCACCGCCUACCAGAAUCACAGGAUCACCCAGUUAAAGAUAGCCAGCAACCCAUUCGCCAAAGGAUUUCGGUCCAAUGACACAGCUGAAUGGUAA